AUGGCCCCACCAACACCCAGCGCCGGGCCGCUCGCCGGUGUCGAGCGCGACAUGCACCGAAUAAUCCAAACCCUCUACGAGCUCCAAGUGCGCGUGCACAGCCACGAGGGCGGCGCAGAAUCAAACGAAAUCAUCGCCACCACAAUUAAAGAGCUCGUCGACCAAUUCCAACGCCUGGACAGCACGGCGACAAGUGUCCCCGCGACUGCAGCGCUGCCGCGGGAGGUUAUACAGUACGUCGAGGACGGCAGAAAUCCGGAUAUUUAUACACGGGAGUUUGUCGAAUUGGUGGUCAAGCAGAAUCAGUUCAUGAAUGGGAAGAGGAGGGCAUUCAAGAGGUUCAGGGAUGUGCUCGCUGCGCAGAUGGAGGUUAGCUUUCCGGAGCUGAUGGAGGAGGUGGGGAAGAUUAUUGAGGGCACUGGAGGCAAAUAG